GACGUGUCGGACCCAACCGGCUCGUGGCCCGUCGGUGACGCACGCACCACGUCCGCGAAGUCGCCGUGAAAUCUCAAGGCGAGGCGGCGGAAAAGAGAAGGUGAAGGGAACCGGAAGGCUGGAAUCUUUCGAUCGCGGCGGCGGGGAGAGCGACAGGAGGGUAGCCGUGGAGGGAUCCGGCGGGCAUCUGCGCCCGAUGUGGGCGUGGGGCUGCGUAGAGCGCGUCGCCGCCGGCCUCCUCGGCGGCGCCCACGGCGGGGGGCGCUGGAACACCGCCGUCGCCGUCGGGGUCACGGCAGCCGCGGGCCUCGCGCUCGUCGCCAUCGUCGUCUCCUCCCGCAGAGGCGGCCUCAAAUCGCCGUGGUGGCGGCGGAGGAGGAAGGCGCCGCUGACGUCCCGGGAGUGGCCCGGCCUGUUCACGCCGGAGGGGAAGCUUCAAGACGGCGGAGUGAAGCUUCUGAAGAAAGUCCGGAGCGGAGGGAUUGAACCGAGUAUCAGAGCACAAGUCUGGCUAUUCCUUCUGGGAUUUUACAGCCUUGAUAGUUCAGAAGCAGAAAGAGAUGCAGUUAAGGCCCAGAACAGGAAGGGAUAUCUGUUAUUGAGGAAGCAUUGCCUGAGGAAAUCUGCAUACAGUAUUGAAGAGAGCAAGCAAAAUUCAAAUGAAACAGCUGUAGACAACCAUGAAGGGGGCAUGAAUUCUAACAAAGGCGAAGAAUCUGGUGUUAGUUCUGUUGAAUCUGAAGAAGUUCCUGAAAAACCUAGUAUGGAAGAGCAUCACACGAGUGAGGAAGGAAAUCCUUGUUUCAAUACAGAGCAAGAAGUGCAAAAUGAUACGUCUGAAACAAACCCAGAGCAGAUGAAUGAAAAUCACUCUUCAUCUAGUUCAUCCAAUGAGGAAGACAGUGAGACAAGUGAUGUGACUCAUGAAGAAGCAUCUCAUAAGGAUGUGGCCGCAGUUUGUCAGUCUUCAGUCGAGGAUGAACAACAAAUUCUCCCCAGAUAUUCCAACACAGGAGGAAAUAUGGAAAAUGAUAGUGAGUUAGCUGAGGCUGCCUGUCCUGUGAAAUCUGCGCGGACAAUUGAGGAUUUUGAGACAUGGCAACGGAUCAUUCGUUUGGAUGCAGUCCGUGCCAAUGAUGAAUGGGUUUCCUACUCUCCAUCUCAAGCUGCAGUUUCCAGGGAGAAGGCAAUUGAAUCUGCUAAAGCUGUUUGUCUCAAAGACUACGAACACUUGGAACCAUAUAGGAUCCAUCAUGCAUCACGCCUAGUUGCUAUACUGGAGGCCUACGCAAUCUAUGACCCAGAAAUUGGAUACUGCCAGGGCAUGAGUGAUCUCCUUGCACCUCUCCUUGCUGUUUUAGAGGAAGACGAUGAAGCCUUCUGGUGCUUUGCUGGUUUUAUGAGGAAAGCCCGCCAUAAUUUCAGGCUUGAUGAAGUGGGCAUUCGCAGGCAACUCAAUAUGGUGGCCAGGAUAAUCAAAUACAAGGACUUCCAUCUUUACAGACAUUUGGAGAUGCUUGAAGCUGCAGACUGCUUUUUUGUUUACAGAAUGGUGGUUGUAAUGUUCCGAAGGGAGCUCACCUUUGAGCAGACCCUAUGUCUCUGGGAGGUGAUGUGGGCUGAUCAGGCAGCGAACCGUGCUGGGAUUGCAAAAUCAUCUUCCUGGCAAAAGUUAUGGUUAGGAUCCCCUCCAACGGAUGAUUUGGUACUAUAUGCAAUUGCAGCUAGCAUACUGCAGAAGAGGAAGUUGAUAAUAGAAAGCUAUAGCAGUAUGGAUGAGAUCAUAAGGGACUGUAACAGUAUGGCUGGGCAGCUGGACAUUUGGAAGCUCCUAGACGAUGCGCAUGAUUUAGUGGUGACUCUUCACGAUAUGAUUGAGUAGUUAGAAUCUGCUCUUGCUCAUUCUGUACGAUUCUUUAUAGCAGUUUUGACGUUACUGUGCUUUCAUGGUAUCCGAUCUCUGUAUGUUGAAUCAAGUGACGCUGUUAGUUAUGGAUAGAAAAGCACGUUGAUGAGGUAACGAACUUGUCGGCAAUGCCAGCAGUUUUUACUGAACAAGCAUACUGGAUGUGAUGGAUAGAGUUUUGUACUGUCCACAGAUUUACGGAUUGUUACUCCUGUAGUACAAUUUUUGUUCUAUUUCUUGAUGUGUCCUCACUGAGUGUACACCUUGAACUGUUUUGCGAACAGAGCAAAUUCACGUAUCUUGCUAUCUACUUUGGUUCUUGGAUUUGGA